GUUGGAAAACUGGAGCCGGAGAGGACCGUAACAACAAGACGGAGUCAGUCACAGAAAAAACACUCUGUUUGCAUUUAAGAAAGUGGAUAUCCUCCUUUCUUCUCUGCUAAGCUGUCUUUUAUUCGUCCAAUACCAUGGAGGUGGAGGACCCCAUAACUGCCAAAUUUCAGACUCUUGUUGAGUCACUCAUGGCAAAAACAACCUCAGAGAUUGUGAAGGUUUUUGCUGAGGUGCUCUUGGAAAUAAGGCUGGAGAUUUCCCAAAGCUGGAGCAGAAUUGAUGAGCUUAAGCUGGAAGAGAGCGAGGAGCAGAGCACAGAGGACCUUUUCAGAAGUGAAGCAACUGUCAACUUUAAAAGAGAAAUGGAGGAGGUGCUCGUGUCAGAUGAUGUAGCGCAAAUGCCUAGAGAUACCACCACUGAGAACACAGGCAUCACACAGAGCAGUGUGGUGAUCCAUGAGUCAGAAACUUCACAGACCACACCAUCUGAUACAUCUGAUAAUAACCAGUCUGUAAAUAGUCCAAACCAAACUCAAGGGGGCCAAGUGUCCCGGACAGUAGUUAAACGUAAAAGAGGUCGUCCAGCUAUAUCACCCAGAGUCACAGAGCAUCAAAAAUCAACGGUCGAAGUUGUGUCAAAGUCUCCACUUCAGGCUAUUUCUAUGGUCAGUCCUCUGCAACCUUCUUGCAGCUCCUCCACCCUGGCCUCUGCCUCCCCCAACACAGAGGCUCUGGCUUUAAACACAGACUUUCUUGCUGCAGAAGAUAUCCAGGAUGAGGAGACAGCUGUCGACGAAAAGGGCAUUCCUGGUUUUCACCAUGUGGAAAGACUAGCUGAGUACCUAGUGGAACUGCGAAAUCUGACUACCAUGACCCUGACAAAUCAGCAAGCCAGCAUGAUCAUUGACCUGUGGCAGAAUCUGGACACCUGGGAUAAGCAGCGGAUAGUUUCUGUUGCUCAGAACCAGGGCAGGUUGUUGACUAACCAUUUCCAGUCACCAGAAAAAGAGGCCACUUUCACACCAGGUUUGGAGAGCACAACAAAACGUGACCUAGGAGCAAGUGUCUCAUCAGCACAGCGGCCUGACUGCUGCCGCUUGUUAGAAGCCAUUUUUGUCAGGCUCUGUGAUAUCCACUGCAGUCCCCAGAAAAAACAUGAGGGAACGCUUACACAAUGGACAUCAAUUCUGCAAGAUUAUAGAAAGAUCAGAGGGCUUGUGUUGGGGAACAGUGCAGUAAUACAAGGUACAUCCCUGCAGUUAGUAGAUGUGAAUCAGAACUCAUUGAUUCAGUGGCACAAUCACCGCAUAAAAGACCAGGGUUUGACUGUAUUGCUCAAGGAGGACCAUGCUCCAUCACUACCAGAAGUUGAGGACCCACUUGUGCAGGCCAGACUUCUUCCAGUAGAACCCACCCAACACCAGUCAUUGGCACAAGACUAUAUGCCUCCAGAAAGUAUAGCAGGACAUCCCAGACUAAAGGGAAGGGAUAUAGGUGAACCACCAGCAAUUAGGCCAAAGCUGUCUACACAGAGGGAGCUGUUUGGGCCAGCUCCAAAACCUGCGCAGUACUUGCAAGUGGUGCCACACAUUUCAGUCAGGGCAGCACCAGUGUUGCAGGCAUUGCAUGUGCUCCAGCCAAUGCCCACUUUUGUCUGUGCCCCACCUCAGAACACCAUACAACAAUGUGCUACCCAGGACCCUCCCCAGCCCCGCCAGAAACGUGCCUACAACAGAGUAGUGCAGGGAAACACCUGUAAAAAAUGCGGCCAGUUUCGCUCAGCAGUCACUGGUCAUAGCCAGUACAAAGGAAUUGUUUACUGCCCUCAAACUGAAACACUGGACAAAAAACAGUGGUUGGAAAAGAUGAGAAAAAAAUGUAAAUAGUUUUUUUUGUUGUUUUGUUUUUGUCAGAGUAAAUAGUAGGUUGUAAAUAAUUUUAAUAUCUGCUAAUAUCUGCUUAUUCAUAUGUUGUCAUUUUGUAUAAAUGACAAUAAAGCC